AGUUAAAACAAGAUUCAAAAUCGAAUAGAGAGAGAAAGUGGAGAGAGAGACAGAGAGUGGUUGCUCUUUGCGCAUUUCUUCUCCUCAUGUUUUCCCUUUCGACUCGUUGAAAUUCAAACCCUAAACACACGCAGAGAGAGAGAGAAAGAGAUCUAAUUCCCUCAGAUCUCUCCGAUUCCGUUCCCGUCUCUAAGGGUUUCACUCCGAUCGAUCCGUCUCCACCUCCUUUCCUCACGGUAUUUUGGGGUUUUAUUAUCUGGAGGAAACUUUUAGUUAAUUGUUGGGAUCAGAUCGGUGAUCUUGGAAAAGCGGUUUGGUGUCGAUGGAGGCGAUCGAAGAGUUGGCUCAGCUCUCGGAGUCGAUGCGGCAAGCCUCGGCUCUGCUUGCCGAUGAAGACGUUGACGAAAGCUCAAGCUCCGGUUCUUCUAGAAGGGCAUCCACUUUCCUCAAUGUCGUAGCUCUUGGCAAUGUUGGUGCUGGUAAGUCUGCAGUUUUGAACAGUUUAAUUGGGCAUCCUGUUCUGCCAACUGGUGAAAAUGGUGCCACUCGAGCUCCCAUAAGCAUUGAUUUACAGAGGGAUGGAUCUUUGAGCAGCAAAUCAAUCAUUUUGCAGAUUGACAAUAAAUCUCAACAAGUUUCUGCAAGUGCUUUACGGCAUUCUCUACAGGAUAGAUUGAGCAAGGGUUCCUCAGGCAGGACUCGAGAUGAAAUAUAUUUGAAGCUACGCACAAGUACAGCACCUCCCCUGAAGUUGAUUGAUUUACCUGGGCUGGAUCAACGGAUAAUGGAUGAGUCACUGGUUAGUGAAUAUGCUGAACACAACGAUGCCAUUCUGCUAGUUAUAGUACCUGCCGCACAGGCACCUGAAAUUGCUUCUUCUCGAGCCUUGAGAUUCGUCAAGGAAUUUGAUGGAGAUGGUACCAGAACCAUUGGUGUAAUUAGUAAAAUAGAUCAAGCUGCAUCAGACCAGAAAUCUCUUGCUGCAGUUCAGGCUCUCCUGUUAAAUCAGGGGCCAUCUAAGACAUCUGAUAUUCCAUGGGUUGCUUUAAUAGGUCAAUCGGUUGCAAUUGCCUCUGCACAAUCUGGAUCUGUUGGCUCAGAGAGUUCCUUGGAAACUGCAUGGAGAGCAGAGAGUGAAAGUCUUAAAUCAAUACUUACUGGAGCCCCACAAAGUAAGCUUGGGAGAAUAGCGUUGGUGGAUGCCCUGGCACAGCAGAUUCGCAAACGUAUGAAAGUUCGACUUCCAAAUCUCCUUUCUGGGUUACAGGGGAAGUCUCAAAUAGUUCAGGAUGAGCUGGUGAGGCUUGGUGAGCAGAUGGUCCAAAGUUCUGAGGGCACCCGAGCUCUAGCUUUGGAACUUUGCCGUGAAUUUGAGGAUAAGUUUCUCCUGCAUGUUACAUCUGGUGAGGGUUCUGGUUGGAAAAUUGUUGCCAGUUUCGAGGGGAACUUUCCAAAUAGAAUCAAGCAGCUUCCUCUGGACAGACAUUUCGAUAUCAACAAUGUCAAGAGGAUUGUGUUGGAAGCGGAUGGUUAUCAGCCAUAUCUCAUAUCUCCUGAAAAAGGUUUAAGAUCCUUAAUUAAAGGCGUCUUGGAGCUUGCGAAAGAACCAUCACGGCUUUGUGUUGAUGAGGUACACCGCGUUCUGGUAGAUAUAGUUUCUGCUGCGGCAAAUGCUACUCCAGGUCUUGGAAGAUACCCUCCUUUCAAGAGAGAGGUUGUGACCAUUGCAAGUGCUGCCUUAGAUGGGUUUAAGAGUGAAGCAAAGAAAAUGGUUGUUGCACUAGUUGAUAUGGAGCGAGCUUUUGUGCCCCCCCAACAUUUCAUUCGUUUGGUGCAACGGAGGAUGGAGAGACAGCGCCGAGAGGAGGAGCUAAAAACUCGAUCCUCAAAAAAAGGACAAGAGGCAGAGCAAGGAAUACUAAACAGGGCAACUAGUCCUCAAACAGGUGGUCAGCAAACUGGUGGAAGUUUGAAAUCAAUGAAGGAAAAACCUGGUCAGGCAGAGAAAGAAGUACAGGAGGGUUCAGGUUUAAAGACUGCAGGUCCUGAAGGAGAAAUAACAGCAGGCUUUAUAUUAAAGAAAAGUGCAAAAACUAAUGGAUGGAGCCGUCGGUGGUUUGUUUUGAAUGAGAAGACUGGAAAGCUUGGUUACACUAAAAAGCAAGAAGAAAGACAUUUUCGCGGAGUUAUCACUUUGGAGGAAUGUAAUAUUGAAGAGGCCUCAGAUGAGGAAGAACCUCCACCAAAGAGUUCAAAGGAUAAGAAGGCUAAUGGACCAGAUUCUGGAAAAGCACCCAGUCUUGUGUUCAAGAUCACCAGCAAGGUUCCAUAUAAAACCGUUUUGAAAGCCCAUAGUGCUGUUGUUUUGAAGGCUGAGAGUAUGACCGAUAAGAUUGAAUGGAUGAAUAAGAUAAGAAGUAUUAUUCAACCUUCUAAAGGAGGACAAUUGAAGGGUGCAUCCAAUGAAGGUGGUCUCCGACAGAGUCUUUCUGAUGGUUCUCUGGAUAUGAUGGCACGAAAACCUGCUGAUCCGGAAGAAGAGCUUCGGUGGAUGUCUCAAGAAGUACGUGGUUAUGUUGAAGCAGUUUUGAACAGUUUGGCUGCUAAUGUCCCUAAAGCAGUUGUUCUUUGCCAAGUUGAGAAAGCCAAGGAAGACAUGCUAAACCAGUUGUAUAGCUCCAUCAGCGCACAAAGCACAGCAAGGAUUGAAGAGCUGCUUCAAGAGGACCAGAAUGUAAAGCGUAAGAGGGAGCGCAUCCAAAAACAGUCUUCUCUCCUUUCAACACUAACACGCCAACUCAGCAUUCACGACAACCGAGCUUCUGCUGCCUCCAGCUGGUCUAAUGGUGGUGGUGCAGAAAGCAGCCCUAAAACCAGUGGUUCAUCUGGUGAUGACUGGAGAUCUGCAUUUGAUGCAGCUGCUAAUGGCUCUGUUGACUACAAUUCAUAUGGUGAUUAUUCUAGGUCUGGAUCCAACGGUCACAGUCGACAUCACAGCGAUCCAGCACAAAAUGGGGAUAUGAACUCUGGUUCAAACUCUGGCAGUCGACGUACUCCUAAUCGGUUACCGCCUCCACCGCCACAUUCUGGUUCUUCGGGCUAUAAGUAUUAAUAAAUGACUGAUUUGAUGUUGGUUUAUGGCUCAUAUUUUCAUUGCAUUUUUGGUGGGUGAGACCACUCGGCCGGUUCAUGAUUCGAGGAUUUGGUCAUCUUAAAAUUCUAUAUUCCUAUUAGUAUCGGUGGAGAGAGAGAGUGUGUACAUAAAAAUCUGCAGUUCCUCGGUAUCAUGUUCUUCAUGGCUUGGCCCAGUUUCACAUAGAUGGAUUCAAGGUUCACUUGAAAUCCAUUUAUUAUAAUUCUAUUCAAUUUUUCUUCUUUCACAUAAUAUUUUGUUCCUAUUGCUCCGCUCAUUUUUGGAUGCUAUAGAUGUAUUUGCUUGUAUUGAUUCUGAUUUCAUGUGUACUUCCCCCCAUCUCUGAUGGACUUGUAACAAGUGGAUUAUCUUUUUCAAGUAAAGGGAUAUAUUUAGUUUCCCAUUA